GCUCCAAGGCACCCAUGUGUGCGUCCUGACGGCUCUGGUGGUUCCAAGCGAAAGAGAAGACGCUUGGGAAGAAACUGGGAGGUGAAGGGGUUAAAUGAAAUCCAACUCUCCCUUUCCUGUGCUGUAAGGAUUAGUAACCAAACAGGAGCUGGAGAGAAGAGUGUCUUAGAGCCACUGUUUGGACCAGGACAGUGGGAAAGUGGCUAUUGGAGCUUGCCUGCACGUUGGUGUAAGUGCCUCUAACUUUUGCACUCACCAUUAACAGGUACAUGCAGAAGGAAAAGAUGAAGAACUCGUUCCUUCUGCUCAUAUUAGCAAUGGUGCCACCUUCUCCAUUGUCAGAUUCCAGGAUGAGGCGGCAGGUUGAUGUUUGGGGCAGCUGGGGGGAAUGGGGCGAAUGCAGUCGGAGCUGUGGAGGGGGAGUCAGUUUUCGGCAACGACGCUGCUAUUCCCAAAGGACAGAAGGUGGCUCCAGUUGCCCUGGACCAGCUCGAAGCUAUCGCUCAUGCAAUAUUCAGAGCUGCCCAGAAGGGUCCCGGGAUUUUCGGGCAGAGCAGUGUGCAGAAUUUGAUGGGAUAGAAUUUGAAGGAAAGAAAUACAAGUGGCUCCCGUAUUAUGGAGCGCCCAAUAAGUGUGAGUUAAACUGUAUUCCCAAGGGCGAGAACUUCUACUACAGGCACAAGGAAGCAGUAGUAGAUGGGACUACAUGUGAACCUGGCAAAAGGGACAUCUGUGUAGAGGGAAUCUGUCAGACUGUUGGCUGUGAUAACAUGUUGGACUCUGCCAAGAAGGAGGACAAGUGCCUGCAGUGUGGAGGAGAUGGCAGUACCUGCUAUGGAGUGAAAGGCAAUUUUGAUGUAGCCAACCUCCCCAAAGGCUACAAUCAGAUCUUCAUCAUCCCCGUGGGAGCCACCAGCAUCCACAUUAAGGAGGUUAAGCCCAGCAGGAACUUUCUGGCUGUCAAGAAUGUGCGAGGGGAGUAUUACCUGAACGGGCACUGGACGAUCGACUCGAGCCGAGCGCUGCACGUAGCCAGCACCGUGAUGCACUACGACCGCGGCGUGGGAGGCGACCUGGCCCCGGAGCUGCUCCAUGCCCGGGGCCCCACCACGGAGCCGCUGCUCGUUGAGCUCAUCAGUCAGGAGCCCAACCCAGGGGUGCAGUAUGAGUACUACCUGCCAGUGCAAGGGCCUAGUGCGGGGUACAGCUGGAGCUACAGUUCCUGGAGUGAGUGCAGCUCGGAAUGCGGCGGAGGUUUUCAAUCUCGCUUGGUGUUUUGCACCAUAGACAACGAAAUUUAUCCCGACUACAUGUGCAGGAAUAAACCACAGCCAGACAAUAACCGGACAUGUGGCCGUCAGGCCUGUCCCCAGACCAAACGGACUUCUUACAUCUACCUGCCACAAGCCUGGAACCACAGUGGAGCACGGAGCUCUCAGAUGAAGAGGUGGAAAACAGGCGAGUGGGGAUCCUGCUCGGCUACCUGUGGCGGAGGCACCCAGACCCGCUCCGUCUACUGCGCGGCCUUCGACGGGCAGAGCGCGCAGGGCGCCGUGGACGCGGCCGAGUGCAUGGCCUUCGCCCCGCAGCCCCCCAGCAGCCAGCCCUGCAACACGAGGCAGUGCACGAGCUGGAGCACGGGGCCCUGGUCGGAGUGCUCGGCGAGCUGUGGGGAGGGCGUCCGCACGCGGGCUGUGACGUGCAGAACGCAGCAGGGCGCUCAGGCCCAGCCUCUCGCCUGCCUGCUGGAGCCCCGGCCGGCAGCCACGGAGCCCUGCGUGCGGGAGAGCUGCGCCCACGAGAUCGGCUGGCACGUGGGCGACUGGGGCCUGUGUUCGAAAAGCUGCGACUCGGGCAUCCGGACGCGCCAAGUCAUCUGCGCUGACGGCGACUCCAAGUUCUACAGCCCUGAGAUGUGUAAAGCCAUCCAGCCGCAGAAACCAGCCACGCUGGGAAGCUGCAACGUGCAGCCGUGCUACCUGCCACAGCAGGUCCCCAGCAUGCAGGAUACUAUGGGAUAUGAUGUCACCCGGCAGUCCUUGCUGACACGCUACAACCCAAACAACCCUGCCACAGAUUCUGAUGAUGGAAGGAUGCACCCUGGGACCUCUGUGGGCCAUGGUAGCUCCGGGAAUCACCACAAUCAAUUUGAGGACCAUGGCACCAACCUCUUGCCGGUUCGCUGGGAACCCCAGUCGCGUUCAUUGGGUUCCCGCCAGCUGGGCUUCCCUGGGGACCUCACUGCAAGGAGAGGCUCUCAGGACUGCCAUCGGAGCCCUCACGGCUGCUGCCCGGAUGGGCACACUCCAGCCUCGGGUCCUCUGGGCAGAGGCUGCCCCUUUGGCACCUGCCAGCGCAGCAGGUACGGAUGCUGUCCUGAUGGAGUAUCGCCUGCCCAGGGCCCAGGCAAUACGGGAUGCCCACAGUAUUACAGCGAUGUUCAAGUGAGCAGAAGUCAGCCCACAGCAGCUGCUCCUAUGGUGAGCGCAGCCCUGGCCCAGCAGCAGCCCCCGGGCGAGUGCCGUGCGUCCACCUACGGCUGCUGCUUUGACAACGUCACUCCAGCUUCGGGCCCGCAAGGGGAAGGAUGUCUCGAUAGGCCCAGCUACCCCUUUCCCGUGCCGUGCCUGCUGCCCAGCGCCCACGGCCCCUGCACGGACUGGAGCACUCGCUGGUACUUUGUGCCCGUGGUCGGCAAAUGCAACCGGUUCUGGUACGGCGGCUGUCACGGCAACAAGAACAGCUUCUCCUCGGAGGAGGAGUGUGCGAGGGCCUGCCAGGAGCCUGCCCUGCCGGAGGCCCGGUCGGGGGCUGUCCCGCUGGAUGCAGCUGGAGCCGGGAGCCGGCGCCACGGAGCCCCCGAGCCGCCCGGAGCAGCCCUGCCCGAGGGCCCCGUGGGCUCCUCCUUGCCACGAGCUCUGCACAGAGCCAUCCUGGAGGAGGGCAGACCCUCUCUGGUGACAGCAGCCAUGGGACAAAACAUCCAGCUGUUCUGCAAGAUGGGCACAUUCCCCUUCUCCCGAGUGGAGUGGAUGAAGGACGGGCGGCCGGUCUCCUCCGACAGGCACAGCCACCAGUCUGACAGCUCCCUGGUCAUCAGCCACGUCAGGCCGGAGGACGCAGGGACUUACACGUGCCUCGUUUCCAACGGGAGGACGAACAGAGCGGAGAGACGGCAGGUUCAGUUACAGAUCUCAGAGCACCAGGGAGCGGCGCUGGCCGAGAGCGAGCGGGGCUGGGCUGCUCCCAGGGAAAAGGAGGAGCGUGGAGGCGGUGAAACCGAGGCGGCGGCCGCCGCGCCGCAGCACCCCACACACAGGUCGCCCUCGCUCGUGGAGGCCCGCGUGGGAGAGAGGCUGCGGCUGCCCUGUGCCGCGGGAGCGUCGCCCGGCCGCGCCGUGGAGUGGCACCGCGACGGGCGGCCCCUCUCCUCGCCCAGGCACCGGCAGCAGUCGGACGGGGCCCUGCUCAUCAGCCGCGUGAGCGCCGAGGACACGGGCCUGUUCACGUGCAUCAGCCAUGGCCGGGACCGGCACCAGGUCCUGCUCCGAGCGCUAGGAGAGCUGCGCAUCACCGGCCUCCUGCCCAGCAUCACCGUGUCCGAGGGGGAGACGGCCCUGCUGCGCUGCUCCGUGCCCGGCGGCGACGUCACCAUACGCUGGUCGAGGAACGGCGUCCCGCUGCGGGCGGACGGCCGCCGCAUCCAGCUGCCGCGGGACGGGAGCCUGGUGAUCAGCGAGGCGCGCGAGGCGGAUGCGGGCUCCUACACGUGCAGCGCCUACAGCCGCAGCAGCUCCGUCAGCGCCAGCACCGACGUGAGGGUGGCCAGGAGCCCGCCCGCCCCCGCGAGGAGCGACGCGGAGGGGAGCAGCGAGUGCGUGGACCAGCCGCACCUGGCCAACUGCGAGCUCAUCGUGCAGGCGCAGCUCUGCCGCAACCGCUACUACGGCAGCUUCUGCUGCGCCAGCUGCGCCCGCGCGAGCCCCGGCCCCGCAUGAGCCCCGGCCCCACGUGAGUCCUGGCGCCUCCGCCUGCAGCCUGAGCCCAUCCCGGGAGUUCUGCUCCGCUUGGCGCCGAGGAGGGCGGCGCGAGUGGCGCCCCGAGGUGAUUGCCGAGGUGGGAGAACCACCGCACUGCCCCCCUGCCCGGCGGCAGCAGCUCGAUAGCUGCGGCACGCGGUGACACCGACACCGCACGGCUCCUGUCACCUCUUUGCGGGGGGUAGAUAACAGGCAGAGACCAGGUGCUCACAUAAGCAAAGCGCUCUUAAAAAACAACCCUUGAGGUGUUUGAAGAUGGGGACUGUCUUACUAAAGCACAGAUCAGUGGGAACAUUCAUAAUCCUGGGCAGCAGCAUCCACCUGAAUGCCAAAGGCUCUGGACAUGAUCAGCUUAAUGCACGUGUAGAAUGGGUGUGCUUGGUUUCUAGGAGGGGGCCGGGCUGCAGCCGUGGUGCCCCGUGCUCCAGCUGUCCUGUUCUGGACAAACUGCUCGUUGGGGCAUUUGGGCUCUGCUCGAAUGGACUCGGUGGUGGGGCAAAAGGCAGGAGCACGUCACAGAAAAGCGACACACAGCUAAGAGUGCAGUCCCCUCGAAAGGGCAGGGACCAUAUCGGUGAAUUUAACACUAGUGUCUGCUCUGCUGCAGUUUGAACAUCCCUGUCUGUAGGAAGAUUAAGCUACAUUCACCUGUGCUGUGGAACUGAAUGCAAAGCUGGGCUCCGUGGUAGCGGGCAGUGCUCUGUGCUGCCCGAGCCGCCCGGGAGCCUUCCCA